CGCCAUCCUCUGCUGUCCUCCCCCUCCCCCUCCCGCCGGUCUUCCUCGCGCAUCCCUGGUUUCCUGACGAUAGCACUGGGCUGAGACCGCUUCUGAGCGCACGAGUUGGCAUCGUGAGGCCCAGAUCCAGUUUUUUCCUGCGCACUACCGACGACUAAAGCGACCGUGCUGUCAUAUCCGCGCGGUCGAGGAACGGAGAACCGUGCGCACCGAACACCCCAGACGAGCUUCCGGGGCCAAACCAUAUACCGGUCGUCCGUUUCAGACCACGAGCGAGCCGAGGAACGGCCUGAAGAGCAGAAAGAUUUGAGUCGUAGCGAGUGCGGCAGAGCUGGAAUGCCAUGCCGGCCUUCGACCCUGUCCGCGAUGCCGUCCUUAACUCUCCCAUAACCUCCUCCCUCGCCCUCCCCUCCUCCGCGCGUAUGCACGUCGACACCGCGGCCUCGACCAAGUCCUCUCAUCCGUCAAGCUCGUACCACCAUCCGCAGUCGUCCGUGGGCAGAGCUGGUAUGUCGAUUAUCACGUCUCCAGGAUCCGUGACGACCUCCCCGUCAGACUCCAGUCCAGGAGCAUCGCUCGUCAGCCCCCUCACACGCCGUGCUACUGAUCUUUCCAUGCUGCUCAACUCGGACCCGCCAGCGAUGGACACGCCCUUGUUCACGCCUACGACACCCCGUGCUCCCGCGACGCUGUCGCACCUCCUCCUGCCUGACUCUGAGGACCACACGGACAAUGACCAACUCUCCCAUAUGACACCCCUACGGAGGAGGUCGUCCGCCGCCAUGUCCGAGGCCUCAGUUGCCGCAGCACGGGAGCGUGAGCCCUCAUACUUCACGCAUCCAGGCAGCAUAAACGCGCGCCCAUCUGCAUCGUCUGUGGCGUUCCAGGAUGGGCCGUCUGACGCCAGGGACAGACCGGCGACACGGGAGCGCGAGUCGUUCAACCUCGCAUUGCCUGGUGCCAUGAACGUCGCGACACCCAUCGUGGCGAGCAGCGCGACUAUACUCGCGUUUCCAUCAAGCUCAGGGUCCCGGCCGUCAACAGCGGUAUCGACCGGCUCUGGGGCCGGGCCCACCUCGAGGCCGUCCACCGCAGGACAGGCUACAGGUACAAGUACAAGUGCGAGUGCAAGCGCGAGCACGGGGUCCAUGCGUCCUCCGGCACAGGCGCCGCAACGGUCCCCUGUGGCCUCUACGUCUUCGCUUCCCACCGCUUCAGCUUCCAUGGCGCCACCACCCCAACGUGCUCCCCGCCCGGCCUCCCCAAGUAAGCCACUGCACUCGGCUGCUGCUGCCCAAAUUCCUCCGCCUGUCUCUGCAUCACCCGCAUUUUCUGUAACCACCCAGCCUUCUGCACAGAGCACCUCAUCUGCGUCGCAUGCGCCGCGGAGACCAUCGCCUCCCCAGCAGAGGAAAACCACCGGCAACGGCGUGACUUCCAAGCCACCACCAACGUCUUCUCUUCCACCCCCUUCUUCCAGCCUACCGCCUAAACCCAUGCCGCCGCCUUCGCCUCCCCCGUCCCAGCUGAGACGCAGCGCCAUCCCGUACGCGCCGCGCAGGAUCACCCCUGCUAGCUCCGUCCUCGUCCCUCUCUCGCCAGCAGAGAUGGAGCGGUACAGGAAUUACACGGGUGGGGUCGGGACGACGAUCCUCCGCAAGCAGAAGCGAGUCGAGAACCUCCUCGGCGACGGACUCGGCAAGCGUGAACGUUCACCGGACUCCGAGGAGAGUCCGCGGAAGAAACGGCGGGCAGGCGACGUCGCCGUCGUCGUCGAGCAUUACAAUGCUCGACCAGACGUCGGGGUCGCACAGAGACAAGAGUCGCCGAUCAUCGGCCUCAAGAGUUUCAACAACUGGGUCAAGAGCGUCCUCAUCACCCGUUUCGCGCAUCCGGCUUUCGCCGACUCCCCCAGUGCGCGAAGAGGCACGCGAAUGCGGGGCCGUGUGCUUGACAUGGGCUGUGGGAAGGGCGGUGAUUUAACAAAAUGGGCCAAGGCCAAUGUGGCCGAGUUGGUCGGGCUUGAUAUCGCCGCUGUUUCUAUUGACCAGGCGCGACAGCGGCAUGCUACUUCCAAGGGGGCACGCUUCACCGCGUCGUUCUUCGCACUUGAUUGUUACAGCCAUUUGCUUUCCGACGAGCUCCCUCCGACGCUCCUGUCGACACCGUUCGAUGUCGUGUCCAUGCAGUUUUGUAUGCACUACGCGUUCGAAAGCGAGACCAAAGCCCGCACGAUGCUACGGAAUGUCUCGACCUGGCUGCGUCCACAAGGCGUGUUUAUAGGGACAAUCCCCGAUGCGAAGCAACUAAUGGACCAACUGGACGCGUUACCGGCAAACUCCAAGGACCUCUCUUUCGGUAAUAGCGUGUACAAAAUCCGCUUCGAGGACCGCGAGACCCGGCCAGUCUUCGGCCAUCGGUAUUGGUUCUACCUCCAGGACGCCGUUGAAGACGUGCCUGAAUACGUAGUCCGCUGGGACAACUUCGUACAGCUUGCCGCCGAGUACGGGCUCCACCCUAUCUACAAGAAGGAGUUCCACCAGGUGUUCGAGGAGCACCACGAGCAGCCGGAGUUCGCCCCGCUGCUCCAACGCAUGCGCGUCGUCGACGCGAACGGCGAAAGCCAAAUGGACGAGGACCAGUGGGAGGCUGCGAAUAUUUAUAUCGGGUUCGCUUUCCAGAAGCGAUAAAAGCGCAUGCCGGGCUGGUGCGCUCGUCACGCCUUGGGUACCUUCAUCCUCCACUCCAGCUCGCAAGGGGGCUUCCGGUCUCGUCCUACUGUACCCUAAUAUCGUAAGUUCGUAUCGGCAGCUAUGUGCUCGUCUUGCUUUGGCGCUGUUGUCGUCUUCGUCUCCGCCCUUGUCCUCGUAGCCCGCCCCGCACAUUUUUCUAUGUCUCGUACCGCCGUGUACAUGUUAUGUAUCGAGUACAGUAUGUGUUUCACCCUUGUACCUCCGCUAUGCUGGCUAUGAAGAACGAGCACCGCCCCAAUAGUUCCCGGGCAUCUAUGGAUCCGAAUGUGUAC